UUGUAAUGGAAAUCUCAACAUGCAAAGCAUGGAUUUUCCCGGACCAAAUGAACACACAAAUUACAAGCCAUCAAAAAUAAAUGGAUCCGGUGGCAUGCACCACUCACAUGAACUGGAAGUGAAUCCUUCAACCAAAUCAACAAAAUUUAAAAUAAUAAGAAAAUUGAGGAGUGCUAGCAGUCCUUCCAAACUAAGAUUGGCAACAGAUAGUCCAACUAAUGCAGGUAAUAUAAUGACUGAAAAGAGCUCAUCCAUGGAUCAGGAUGCGGUUUUGGAAAUGCAAGAAAAUGGCGAAGGCUCUAGCAGAUCAACUUCAUAUGAAAAGAACAAGCUUUAUAACUAUGGAACUGGUUCUGUUAUUGAACAACAUGAUUCACAUGCCAUUGACUCUCAUGCUCUACAAAGGGAUCUUUCUGAAGCUUCUGGCAGAGCAAUAUGCAGAACAAGAUCCAUGAAGACAAAGGCAACUUUAGAGGAGCCAGAUACUAGAGCUUGUAAGUUGAAGGUAAGAGUAAACCAGGCAUCAAAGGUUCCAUCAAAGAAACUAGAAAGGUCCUCAAUGAGAGCAUGUGAUCAGCUCCAAGCUGGAGAAUCGGCAUCGAGUUCAAGAGUGGGGGCCAGAUCAAGGUCUGGCAGAAGUAAGCGAUAUGGAGGUUCUGAUAAUAAUCCAGACAUUUCAGCUGCAAAGAAGUCAAAUAAUGUUUGUAGAAAGUUAUCUUGGUUGAUGUUGUCAGAGCAUGAGGAGGGUUACCGUUACAUCCCUCAGCUAGGGGAUGAGGUUGUAUACAUCCGUCAGGGCCAUCAAGAGUUUGUUGAGAAUCAAGGCUUAGCAGAAUUGGGUCCUUGGAAGUCACAUAAGGAUUCUCUAAGGGCAGUUGAGAUAUGCAAGGUUGAGCAACUUGAUUAUGCCACAUAUCCAGGUUCUGGGGAGAGCUGCUGUAAAAUCACCCUUAAAUUUGUGGAUCCUAAAUCACGUGUCAGUGGUAUAACAUUCAAGUUUCCAGUUCCUUUAUAUCCUGAACAGAUCCGUUUGAGGCUUGUGAACAACUACUAUCGGAAUUUUGAAGCGGUAGAGCACGACGUAGAGGCAAAUUGA